CGCGACUCCUCAGAUACCGUUUAUCUUUAGAGGCACCUUUCGCAGUGUACUGUACUGCAGUUCAACGUAAAACUAUCAUUUAAUCUUUAUUAAUAAGUAUUUCUUUUAAUUUUUUUUAUUGUAAUUAAUACCUGUUCCUCAAAUGGCUUUAGAGAAGGUGUGGUGCAAAUUCUCAGUGACGAAAAGUGAUGGAUCGAUAAUGAAAUUGCGUAUACAAGACAUGCCAAGUGACCGACUUGACGAUGCUGUAGAUUUAAAUAUUUGGUAUUUUUCUCCUGAAGAAACUUUUCACAGAGCUGCUGGAAUACCUAAAAAUCCAGAUGCAUUGAUUGAAUGUCGGGAGUUUGUGUCGGAAAUGUUUAAAGAUUCCGCUGUGCAUAUCGUAAUUUGCUGCUCAGACGAUUCUGAAUUUGUCGGCCAGAUUAUCGGAGUAUCCAUUGUGACACUCUCUACCACAGAUGAUGGAGAAUUAGAUGACUUAGAGUUUAAAACAGAUGAAGUAAAGAAGUACUUCGAGCUUUUGGAAGGAUAUUUUUCUCUAUACGACGUAAUGCAAAAUCAGAAUUUAACCAAAUGUUUUGAUGAUAGAGGCAUCGUUGUACACCCUGACUAUAGGGGACUCGGCAUUGCUACAAAACUCUUGAAAAUGAGGCGAGAAAUGUGCAAACACUACGGAGUUCCAGCAACAUGUGCUUGGAUGACGUCAUAUGGCUCUCAAAAAGCUGCCCAAAAUGAUGGCUGGGAAACUGUGUUUGAAUUAUCUUAUGAAGAGUUUGGCGUUAAACAUGGUGUCACCUUUACAGCUGUACCUCCUACGUGUAAAUUGAUGCUUGCCAGGGUUUAGAGUUGUUUUAAACAAACCAACGUUUUGGACCUUUUACAGUUCUACAUACCAAUAUAGGUGGCUAUAGAGCCUGCUAAGGGUCCAAAACGUUGGUUGGUUUGGAAAAAGAAAUAUACGC